AUGGCGACGGAUAACAUUGCGGUACCCGCGGGCGAGACUACAAAUGUCAACAGCCGGUCCGUCGCGGCCGAGAAGCACCAGCCCACUCAAGACUCCUUGCGACACCAAGACGACCAGAUUGUGACUGCAGAGGAUGAUAUUGAACUGAACGACACUAAGCCCGGUGAGACUGAACCUGUCGAAAAUAUAUUCAGCCAAGGUGGCAAGAAUUACCGUACACUCAGUCGAUGGGACACCGUUUUCGUCCUGGUUACCAACCAAGUUGGCUUGGGAAUCCUAUCCUUGCCUUCCUGUCUGAAGGUUCUUGGUGUCGUCCCCGGAAUCAUCGCCAUCAUCGGUCUUGGUUCCCUAUCUGCAUACACUGCCUACCAGCUCCUCCAGUUCUAUCGACGCUACCCUCAUGUCGUCAACGUUGUUGACAUGUGCGGCAUCAUUGGUGGUAGGCCACUUGAAAUCAUUGCCGGAAUUGGAUUGAUGGUCAAGGUCAUGAUGACUUGCGCUUCCGCAAGUGUGACACUAUCGGUCUCUUUCAACACGCUCAGUAACCACGCCUUCUGCACCGUUGCCUUCAUCACAAUCGCCAUCAUCGCCUGCUGGGUUCUUUGCCUCCCAAGAACGGUCAAGUUUGUGUCCCAAAGUGGAAUCCCGUCCACCAUCAGCAUUCUCGCAGCUGCCAUGAUUGUCAUGAUUAGCUUGGGUGUGGGUAAGCCUACUCAGGCGCCUCCUGGCUGGGACAAAGAGAUCCAGGUUAUUGGCAACCCUACCUUCCGUGAGGGAGUGAAUGCCUGUCUCAAGAUUUGCUACGCCUACGCUGGAAACAUUAGCUUCGUUUCAUAUAUGGCUGAGAUGAGAAACCCCACCAAGGAUUUCCCCAUGGCGUUGGCCUGCCUCGAGGUUUUCUCCAUCAGCAUCUACACCGUCGUUGCUAUCGCCAUCUAUUGCCUCGCUGGCCAGUACACUACUUCUCCCGCUUUGGGCUCAGCACCUCACAUUGCCGCGAAGGUCGCGUAUGGCAUCGUGCUUCCAGCCGUUUUCGCCACUGCCAUGGCCUUUGGCCACACUGGUAUCAAGUACAUGUAUGUGGUGGCCAUGCGAUGGAUGAAGGCGACGCAUCAGGUCACCGACCGCAGCGCCAAGUCUUGGAGCACUUGGAUUGCAUGCGUCACCCUUUACUGGAUCAUCGUCUGGGUCAUCUCCAACGCCAUCCCCGUAUUCGACUCCAUCCUCGCCAUUUCCUCCGCCACGACGAUCGCCUGGUUUACGUUUGGACUCAGUGCGGUGUUUUGGUUCCACCUGAACAAGGGCUCUUUGUUCAAUGACUGGAAGAUGAUUCUUCUCACAAUUCUGAACUCGCUGCUUAUUAUCCAGUCCCUGUUUAUGAACGCGGGUGGCCUGUGGUCGUCAAUUACCGAGCUCAUCAGCAUUUUCGAGAGCGACAGCAGCAAAGUUAAGGGGGCCUUUUCUUGUGGCGACAACUCGUCUUUCUAA